AUGGCCACGCAGAACGGGGUAAUCGUCACGGACGAAAAGCGGGCCGAGGAAAUCCGGUCUUCACUGGAGAACGCGAGCGACUCCGCGUCCGGACGUGACGCUUUGCCGGUCGCUGAAACCCCGAAGCGGACAUGGCGAUCAUACCUAUGGGAUACAUUUGACAAGAGCCCCGAAGAGCGUCGGUUCUUGUUCAAACUGGACGCGGUUAUACUUACAUUCGCAUCGUUGGGGUACCUGAUCAAAUAUUUGGACCAGGUCAACGUCAAUAGUGCUUUCGUCUCUGGUAUGAAAGAGGACCUGGGGUUAUAUGGUAACCAGUUGAACUAUAUGAUCACUUGCUGGACUGUGGGCUAUGUGAUUGGAGAGAUCCCAAGUAACAUGCUUCUGACACGCAUACGGCCAUCGAUCUGGAUACCGGCCUGCGAAAUUACAUGGUCAGUCAUGACUAUACUGCUCUCCAAAUGCACAUCUGCAACUCAGAUCUACGUGCUGCGCUUCUUCAUUGGGUUGGCAGAGAGUGCGUUUUAUCCCGGCAUGCAGUACGUUGUCGGCUCUUGGUAUCGUAAAGAUGAGUUAGCCAAGCGCUCGUGCAUCUUCCACGCCAGCAGCGCAAUCGGUACCAUGUUCUCGGGCUAUUUGAUGACGGCAACGUACAACUUGAACGGAGUUCACGGCUACCGUGGGUGGCAGUGGCUGUUCAUCAUCAACACGGUCAUUUCCCUUCCCAUCGCCAUCGCAGGAUUUUUCUUCCUUCCUGACGUACCUGAGAUAACACGCGCGUGGUGGCUGACCAAGGACGAGAUCGCGCUUGCCAAGAAGCGCAUGGAACUCGAGGGUCGCGCAAACCGCGGAACUUAUACAAAGGCAAAGUUUCGAAAUAUCUUUACCUCGUGGCACAUCUAUGCUCUGACGCUACUCUACAUCUUCUUCAACAACGGCUCAAACUAUGGUUCGCAACCGGCAUUCUCGCUUUGGCUAAAGUCGGAGGGAUAUUCGGUGGCGGCUGUGAAUUCAUACCCAACAAUCGCAUCUGCCAUCCAGGUCAUCUUCACGCUUGUGUAUGCCUGGAGUUCCGAUUCUGUUUUCCGCGGCGCACGGUGGCCGCCUAUCAUUUUCUCAGGGACGUUGUUGAUCAUCUUCAAUGCCAGCCUAGCCGUGUGGAACAUCCCCAUCGGCUGGAAGUGGGUUUGUUACAUACUUGGCAACAUUGGAGGCGGUGUGAGCGGCCUUACUUUCGCAUGGGCCCAUGAGAUAUGUAGUGAUGACAAUGAAGAACGGGCUCUGGUCGUCGCAACUAUGAAUGAGAUGGCUUAUGUAGUCCAAGCCUGGCUUCCUCUUAUAAUAUGGCAGCAGGUUGAGGCACCCUACUACAAGAAGGGCUUCAUCACUAUGGUGUUCAUAGCAGCUGCCAUGAUCGCUACAGCGAUGACUAUACGGACUCUACAAAAGAAGGAGAACGCUGCCAAGGCGAAAGAGAAGGCGGCUGGUGUGGUUUAG